AUGGAAGGCAUGGACUUGAACUGUGCGUGGCGAAGUGCAGAGUGCGUCACGUCGCUGUAUGACCGCGUUCGGGAGCUGGAACUUCGCAAUGCGGAGCUGGAAGCGGAAGUCAUGCAGUGGCGGGAUCAAAGUCGGCAAUCUCACAUGACCGACGCCUCGACGUCCGUGGACCUCGCCAAGGCCAUUCGGGAGCGCGACGAGUGGCGCGACCGCUUCAAGCAGCAAGACGACAUAUCUCGUCGCUUGCAGAAACGCGUGGAUGCGAUGCAGGAAGAGCACAAGGAGCAAGUGGCAAAGCUGCAGGAGCGAUGUCUGUUUGACCCGAACGGGCCGAAACGCGUGCAGGUAUGCGUCGCAUCGCUCCAAAAGACCCUCGACAACCGUGUCCAAGAGCACGAGCUCAUGCACCAACGUCUCCGGGAGACUCUCGACAUCAAUGCCGCCUUAACGCGUGCAAAUGCCGCCAUGGAGCAAGAAAGGGCAUCCUUUGUCGGCGCAAUUGCGCGCCACAACGCCCACCGCAUGUUUACAUUGUUGCAUCUUCGACGAAAGGACGUGAUGGUCGCGGCGUGGAGUGCAUGGAGUCGAAGCACCAUUCGCGUCAGCGAACGCCAGGCCCGUGAAGAAGGCAUCCAGCGACUCGCACUGGUUGUCAAGCAAUCCAAGCAGCAACGCCUCCAGCGACAAAUCAUUCGAUUUACAUUGCAACGAGCCAGAUCCACUCGAUCGCAGGUGAUCAAAGCAUGGGCGUUCCAAACGCUCGCGAUGCGUCUGGCCCGCCACCGUGCACUGGACUCGUAUCAUGCGUCAUGUCGAUUGAUCGUGUCAAACGCGUUCGAAACGUGGCACGAACGUUCCGUACGUCGAGCGAAAUGCACCAAAGUCCUCUUGCAGCUAUGUGACAACCAUAAACGAAGGCGCGUGCACCGGGGGUUCCAUACAUGGGUCCAAGCGUCUCGAACGCUCCUGAUCGAGAUGAUUCUGUUGAAAUGUGACGUUGUCGAAGCGGAAAAGGCCAAUGUCGUGGCCGAACUAGAAGGUUUAAAGCAAAACCUUUCAGUGUCGUUGGCAGCCCAGCGGUCAUGGGAACAAACCGUGCGCGAUUUGGAAAUCGAGCAUGCGACGGCCGCCUCGAACCAGAACCAGAUGCUGAAUGAAUGGACGACCCGGCUCGCAGUGAUAUACGAACGAGGCACUUCCCGUCGACUCCAAGGUCUCAUCUUCCACGCCUGGAAACUUCGAGACGUCCAUCGGCGGCACGUGCGCGCGCUCGUGGCCCAUGUCCAAGCGCAGAAACUGCGGGCACUCGUCAGGCAGUGGCGGCAGUCUCUCCAAACCCGACAUGCUGCCACGCCCAUGCAGCACAUGCAAAAGCGGCGGCACGGUCGCAUCCAGCGAGAAACGUUUGCGUGGUGGGCUUCACAGACCCGCCGCGCGGCCACCCGCCGUCGCAAACUGACACAUCGCCGUCAACUUCAAGCCGCAACGUCGAUGCAACGGCACUGGCGGCUCUGGCGGGAGUCUGUGGCUCGUUCUGUCGAGCGUAAGGCGCGAGGGGCGUCGGCACUGCAUGCAUUGGCGGGUAUGGUUGGUUUGCAUAUCCAGCAACGCUCGUUCAAGGCGUGGGAAGCCACGGUGAUGGGUCUCGUGCAGCGGGAUCUGCGCCUCAAAUGGGUGGUCGACACGGCACUAAGCCAGUCGCGCAUGCACCGGUUGGGUCAUGUGCUCGCGCGGUGGAAGCGAUAUGCGACACUGCAACGAAAACGAACCGUGUCACUGGCAUUCCAAGCCCGCCGGCGACUCGACCGUUUCCACGUAUGGGCGCAUUCAGUGUGGCGGAUGUGGUUUGAGCAAUGUGUGGUCCAGAUUCACCGCCGGUCGGCGCUAGCUGAGAUCGUGGGAAGGCUGCGACACCGUUGGCUACGUCGCGCUGUGUCGCGGUGGGCGGCCAACGGGCACCUUAUAGCGAUGCAUGCCCGGUUUGAGCAAACAGUGGACGAAUUGAACCGUUCGAUUCGGUUGCUGCAAGAACACAUACAGCACCAACAGGCUCAACAUCGCUCGGAAGCGGAUGCGAUGGAGGUGACCAUGCAGAUCACCGAGGAAUCGCAUCAACGAGCUAUGGCUAUUUCUGCGACAGAGUGGUCGCAAAAGCUCCAUCAAGUGCAAGUUGAUUUGGAACGGACAGAGGCGCUUCGAGAUGCAUUGGAGGGCGCGGCGGCCGAGUGGCACGGCCACGCCGAGCUCGAACUGCUGCGAGGCCAAGCUUUGGAAAUGAUGCUCAUGGAAAGCCAGGCGCAAUGGCAACACAGUUUCGACUUGCAAUCGAUGCAGCACCAUCGACAUCACAUGCUCGAGGAAGAUGCUCGGUCGGCUAUCUAUCGGCUAGACGACGUGGUUCGGCGCAUGGCGGCUGCGUGGGACGCUGAGACACGGUUGCAUAGGGACAAGUUGCUUGAAAUGUCCAUCGCUCACGACCAAAUGCAAGCGAAAGUCGGCGCCCACGCGCUAGAGUGCCUUCUACAGCGCACGACCGUGUACUGUUUGAACCGGUGGAAAGCGUUUGUAAGCAUGACCAAAGCCACCAAGGCCAAAGUGAGCCACGUCAUGGCCGUGCUGCAAGCCAACCACGUCGCGCUCGUGUAUGAUCGAUGGAAGCAGUUUCACCGCAUGCAUCAAGCGCGCAAGCAACUCUGCGCGAAAUGGCAUCACAUUCAUGCGAGUACCCUGGUCACGACCGCCUUUCGCGCGUGGGCGGCCAACGCUGCCGACCGGCGCAAGCUGGCGACGAUGUUGCAACUGUUUGGGGUCUCCAUGGUACGCAAAACGUACGAGUUUGUGUGGCGGCAAUGGCAUCGCACGGCCAGUGAGCGAAAGCAAGCGAGGAUGCUGUGGACACGAGCGGUGGCGCACCUCUCCAAGCACUGGUACCAAGUCGGCUUGCGGCGGUGGAAGGACGUGGCGGACGCGAUCGCAUCGGCCAAGCGCGCGCAGUUCCGCAUCGAAGCGCUCGACCACGCGACUAACACUGUCCAGCGAAAGUGGAACCACAUCGUGUGCCGCCAAGUACUGGUGUGGUGGCGCGACAACGUGUCGUCGAUCCGGCGGCAGCGGGAGCUGCUCAAACGAUGUGCGACGAGGUUUCAGCACUUUGCUGUGGGGCAGGUGUUUGAAGUGUGGCGAAAGAACGCAUGGGUGCAGCGCCGCGACCGGUUCGCGUGCGACCUGUUGGUAGGUUUGUGUCUGCGACACUGUGUCCAGUCGGCAUGGGUACAAUGGCGACAGCAUCGGCUGGUCAGUGCCCAACUGGAAACACAAAGAAUGCACGAAGCGUACCGCGUCACACAACAAGAGCUGCUGGCCGCCAAAACUGCGAUAGAGUCGCUGACCAGCCACGUGGCGUCAUCUCAAGCGACUACGGCCUCUCUUUGCGACACCACUAAACAGCUUAAGCUCCAAUUGCAAGCGUCGAAAUGCAUGCACAUGUUUCAAUCAACCAUCCGCACAUCGUUUUCCGAAUGGAAGCGCGUGACCGCCAUCUUCAAGCAAACCAAGGGAAACGUGCGGUUGAUUGUGCGGCGGAUGCAGCGCCUCCACCAGGCAAUGGUGCUUGACAUGUGGAAGGCCUUUAUCAUCCGACGCCAUGCCAAGGCGGGUCGAGCGGUCGCGGCAACGGCGCUCCAUCGUACGUGGAGCCACCGACAGGCGUGGCGGGCGUGGGUGCUAUACGUACACCAAACCAAACGUUUGCAGCAAAAGUGUCAGUGGAUUGCCCAGGCUUUAGCCACCACAUCCGCUCGAUACGUUUGGAAAACGUGGCGGGGGUUCCAGCAGCACCAACGCCGAGCAUGCGACCGGCUUGUGGCCGUGUCGAUGGCGCUAGAAGGUGCCAGAACACGACGGACCUGGCUAAAAUGGUGCAGCCAUAUCCACCUGUUGAAAGCACAAGACGAAGCGAUUCGCAACAAAGCCACGCGCGUGCUACUGUAUCUCAGAUCGCGGACAGCGUCAACUGUGCGGCGUUCGCUUGACACGUGGCACCAGUUCGUCGCUCGACAACGAACCAAACGGUCCCAUGAUGUCUUGUGCAGGCGGUGGAUCUGUCGCAGUAUGUGGCGACGUUGGCGGUGCCGUAUCGACCAGGACAGACAGUAUCGCAAAGUGCUCGUCCAGUUCACGCGGCGGGUUCUGCGACACAGUUGGACGAGGUGGCAACUGGGUCUGGCGAAGUGGACAAAGCACACGUUGGAGAGUCAAAUGGCCAAAGAUCGAGAUGAAUGGGAGCGCGAGCGCGGCGAGGUUGGCCGCCGUGCCAUGGCCAUGGAAGAGCAAGUGCAGCAAGUGUGCGCGGAGUUGGCGGGGAAAGAGCGAGCUCUGCAAGACCUCCAAACGCACCUGCUGGCUGUGGAAAUAUCGCGAGAUGUGAAAUACCAUCACCACCAUGUGGUUGAAGAAAAGCUCACGACGGUGUUAACCAGUACACGUCAAGCCAUGACAUUGCAACUCAACUUGCGAAAGGCGUGGAGCAUGUGGACAGCGUUGGUCCGUCGACGCCGCGUCACCCGCGAGCGAGCAUUUGAAUGGCUCGAAAUCAAACAACGAGCGCAAUUGGAAACGCUGUUUUCAUCGUGGAAAGCACACCUUGUCGCAUUUCGGCGCCGGCUGCGUCUAGAGCUCAAGUUCAAGCGGCGACGGCUGGAUCAAGCUGUCGAACGGUGGCGGGUCCGUACAGCAUCCCGCCUGCAACUAAAGGCGGCUGUCACAACAGUAGUGCAACAUGCCAAACACAAGUACACGCGGGAGCUGGCCCUCGCGUGGCGCCACUGGCUAGUCCAUGUCACACUCGACGCCCAACACAUCAAGCAAUGCAAUGUGUUGGCGUCUACCCAAAAAUGUGCUGCCGACUUGCGAGCCAAGUGGGGACUGUCGCUGAUAGUGUGGCGGCUGCGCUGGGUGCACGUGCGCAAGACAACAUGGGGGUUCCAGAGGUGGAAAUUAGCGGCCAUUCAGCACGCCUGGCGCGCCAAGCUGCAGUACACUGUCGGGCAACUGGACCAAGCCCAUCAGCUGCUGCUUGACGAACAAGAGGCGGUGCUAGCUCAGCGGGAACACAUGGUGCUACCUCUGCGAGCUACGUGGAGGGCGUUGAGUCAAGCGAAGACGCUGGAGCAGCUCUUUGACGCCGUGGCGUCGCCCUGCUUGGCCGACACCAGUGGCAUGUUGUACUUGGUGGACCCCGUCAAGCAAGAACUGUGGUCCAUCGUAAAGAAAAGCACCCAAAUGGUCACGGCGCCAGUCCAUGUGGGCAUCGCCGGCUUUGUCGUGGGCUCGGGCGCCACCUGUCGCACACCCGCUGUCGCACAGGACACUCGGUUUCAUCCCCUCGUGGAUCAAUACGUCGUGAAUUCGAUCAUGGCAUCUGCGACAUCGUCCGUGGUGGAUCGUAUUCAAAUGGUGUGUGUGCCCAUCGUGAGCGACGACGGCGUCGUGUGGGGUGUGGUGCAGAUGGCAUAUCUCUAUGACGCAGUCGAAGUGUUCAUCGUGUGCCAUGCAUGUGCCUCUGCAGUGGAAUGCGUGCUGCAUGAUCUGCUCAAGAGCUCACGAGAUGCCGUCGCCGCUCGAAGUCCAUCCAAGUUGAUCAAACUGUUCAAGCAGCACAAACAAUGGCGCAAGUACUACUUGGAUGUGGAGAUUCGACUACGGCAAGCUCAGGACGAACUCAAGCAGGUCGAAGGGACGCAUACCCAACACCUACAGACGCUCCAAGAGCAUCUGCAUAACGAGAGGGAUGCGGCGGAAGCAACCGUCGGCCGCCUUCGAGACCAACUGCAGCAGAAAGAACUCGACCUUCAGGCGCAGAUUCAUGCGCUGGAGCGACAAACAGCCUCAGACCAGCGCGAGCGGAAAGCCAAAGAGGACGAGCUACAUCAUGUGAUUUGGACGCUGCAGAACGAGCACCAACUCACGAGAGCGAGGGACUUGAUCUCGUCCGCACGGCACGCCGCCACCGUCGACAUCCUCCCCCCCCGACCACCCGAUGACUCGUCCACCACACAUGUACUUUUGGCCGAAAUCCAAGCGCUGAAGAACCAACUGGUGCGAGCUGAGACGGACGCUCAGUUUUUAUCGAAAACGAUCCGAGUUGCCAUCAAGUACCAUGGAAACCUGCCUGAUGUGAUGGUCGCGGAAGUGAAGCGCAUCGGUCGACGCCUCAAAAAAGUAACAUCAGAAUAG